UUCUACACCAAUUUCAAGAACCCCCGCCCGGCACUCUCCCUCCCUGUCUCUCUCUCUCUCUCUCUUCAAUUUCCCGUCCAAAGAGAGACAAAAUUUUUCUUCUUUUGUCCUCAUUCUCACCGCUCUCCUUUCUUCCAAACGUUACAACUCAUUCUGAAUUUUACUUUUACCUAAGAAUCCGCCAUCACUCAGUCGGUGUUCAUUCUCCACUUUCACCAAACCAUUUGCUUCCACCGAUAACCCCUUUUAGCAGACUUUUCUAAUUCUUGUCCCUCGAAUUUUUCUGGGCUCGUUUUGUUUUUUCUGUACAUGGUGGGAACUGUGAGAAGUGUUCUUGCGAACACCCUCUGAGAAAUGGAAACUGAAAACAGCAGCAAAAAGGGGAACUGGAAAAUGGCGUUCCCUAUAGAUCUAAACGAGACGCCGAUGCCGUCUCCACGUGAGGCUGUUGAUGACACCGUUGUGGGGAGUGCUAGCGUUUCCGUUUGUGCGGUGUGCCGCAAGGGAGUUCCAGUUGGGAAGGUUCCUGAAAAAGGGAUGGAGGGUCAGCGGCAGGAGUUUAAAUGCUUCCGGUGUUUGCUCAAGGAUGACGGAGGCGGUAGAAGCGGCUCUUGCGGCGGAGGAGGUGAAGUGGGUCGUUUCGACAUCAACGCUUCACCACCACGUGAGGCGGAGGAGGGAGAUGAUGCUGCCGUUGUGGGUAGCCGGGGUGGAGAUGGUGGUGGCAAGAUACACGCUUCAGUUCGAUCUUCUUUCUUGAGCCAUCAUGCUACAAAAAGACCUCUAAAUCCUCUGUUGGAGGAUAUUGGGAAUAAUUUUCCAACAACCUCAUCUGUCGCAGCAGCUGCUAAUGCAGGAUUUCGAGAUAUGUUACAGCAAAAAGUGCAUUCUGAUAGAAACUUAGGUACAGUUCACAAGGAAUCUAUAUUUGAUCUGGGGCUCCUGGCUGGUCAUUCUAGUCGAGUGGAAUUUCCCCCUGAGAGUCCAAAUAUGUUGUAUCUACAAACUCUUAGGGAAUAUAUUGCUGAAAGAUCAGGUGUUCUGGGAGAAGGUUGGCGUGUGGAAUUUGAAUUCUGUGACCAAAGAUGUAAAACCUCUGCUGUUUAUAUUGCACCUGAUGGGAGUAGGCUCAGGUCAAUGGAGGAUGUUGCUUGCCACUUAGGGUUGCAGUCGCGGUAUCACUAUUUAGUGACCGAGAAUGGAAGUAAUGAAUUUGCUUUCAGUAGGAGUGGAUUAAAAAUUGAUCCAGCAAAGAAGGUAUCCUCAGCUUUUCUGGCAGCCCAAAAUUGCAGACAAAGGCAGAAGACACUGAGGGGUAGCAACAGCCAGGGUUUCUUGUCCAGUUCAGGGACUAUUGGUUGUUCUGAAACUAAUGAUAACAAAAGUAUAAAGGAAGUUGGCUACCAUGAUGGCUUCCCAAUUCAGUUUCAUGACUUCUGUCUUUUAUCAGCUGGCAUCGUUGAUCCACGACCAUCAUACCACAAUACUGACCAAAUCUGGCCUGUUGGUUACAGAGCUAGCUGGCAUGAUAGAAUCACUGGGUCUCUUUUUGUAUGUGAUGUUGCAGACGGUGGUGAUUCUGGCCCCAUUUUUAAAAUCCAAAGAUACCCAUGCACCAUGCAGUCUACACCAGUUGGCUCAACUAUCCUCUCGAAGAAGAAACAAAUGUCCUGCAAAGGGGAUGACCAGGUGAUUAAAGAUGACUUGGUCACAUUCGAGGUAGUUGAUGAUGACAGUAUAUCGACAAUAACCCUGCUAAAUGAAGAUAGUCCCCCAUGUUUGGAGCAUUGUCUCACUAAUUCAAAGAGAGAAGAUGAGGUUCAUAAUACUCAAGAAGAUAAUUCUUCAAACUCAGAUCUGGAAUUGCUACCUCAGAGAAGUGGGAAUUUGGUAGGUGAUGCAGUAGGACUGAAUGAUGUCAUUGGGGAAUUCCAAGUUGAAGGCAGGUCAACAUCAUCUGUGUGGGAAAUGGUUUCUCAGGCUUUCUUGUAUGCUUGCCAUGAGACAUAUAAACAAAAGGGCAUAAUUAAGUUUUUCUGCAGCCAUGAUGUAUAUGGAAUGAAUAAUGAAAACCUGGAUGGUGUUGGUUCUUUAGCGAAAUUUUGUUACUUUGAUGGUCUUAUCAGCAUCCCGGCUUUGGUUCAGAAUGAGAAUGAGUUUAACAUGGCUUGUGAAAUGAUAUUGAUAUGGUUAAACCAGGACAGGUUUGGAUUAGAUGCAGACUUUGUUCAAGAAAUUAUAGAACAACUUCCUGGAGUUACUGUCUGUUCAGAAUAUAAGAAUCUGAAUGAUAGAAAGCACAGUUCAGACCUACAAACAGUUGGGAGCGGAUUUUUGCUGGCCGAGCGAAAGACCAAUUUUGCCUCUGGAACUUCUAGGAGAUCUCAAUUAAAAUUGGGUGAUCAAGAAGACACUUUAAAGCGGGAUCCCGGUCCUCCGGGCAAGCCACUUAACUCAAGCCUUCCUUCAUACCUGCUGGGUGAUGCUCUACAGAUUUGGGAGCUUGCUUGGCGUUUCUUAGAGGUUCUAGGGCUUGAACAACCUUUUUCUUUUCACGAACUUGAAUCGGAACUUGUAAGCCCUUGGUUAGAUAGCUAUCCUUUGGAUUCAAGAUAUGAAACUGUGGAUAUUCAGGAUGCCACUCCCUCUGGUUGUGAGAAGGCUUCUCAAGCUGGUGCAGCUUGUCUUGGCAGACGUACUGGUCUUCUUUUGGCAAAGAUUCUUGGCUCGCUGCUGAAAUUGCUCGUCAGUGAGCUGUUGUCCAAAGCAGCAGUAUAUGUGUGCCCUAAUUUUGAUGCAGGAGAAUCUAAAUCAAGACGAGGCAGGAAGAAAGAUUUGGAUUGCUUGGCUGCUUUAAAGAAAACCAAAAUUGAUAUGCUGCCUGUCAAUGAACUUACAUGGCAAGAAAUUGCUCGUAGAUAUAUUUUGGCUGUUUUAUCCAUGGAGGGUAAUCUUGAUUCAACAGAGAUUGCUAGCCGUGAAAGCGGGAAAGUUUUCCAUUGUUUAGGAGGUGAUGGUGGGAUACUAUGUGGAUCUCUUACGGGAGUCGCUGCUCUGGAGGGAGAUGCAGUGGUUCUGGCAGACGCUAUGAAGGAGAUAUUUGGUUCACUGAAGAGUAAAAAUGAGGUGGUUAGUUUAUGUGAGAGAGAGUCGGAUAUCAACGGAGCUCAAACAAUUGAGGUGAGUGAUAGUGUUAUCCCUGAAUGGGCACAAGUGCUUGAACCUGUAAGAAAGCUACCGACAAAUGUUGGAGCCCGGAUCCGGAGAUGUAUCAAUGAAGCUUUGGAGAGAAACCCUCCUGAUUGGGCUAAAAAGAUAUUAGAACACUCUAUUAGCAAGGAAGUUUACAAGGGUAAUGCAUCAGGUCCAACCAAGAGAGCAGUUAUCUCAGUGCUUGCAAAUGUGAGCAGUGAAAGUCCGCAGCAGAAGACUGAGAAGAAAGAAAAGGUAAAGAUAAAGACCAAUCUGGCAGACCUAAUCACUAAACAAUGUCGUAUUGUUCUCCGGCGUGCUGCUGCUUCAGAUGAAGAUAGAGUUUUCUGCAAUCUUCUGGCAAGGAUAUUAUUGAACCCUAAUGAUAACGAUGAUGAAGGGCUUCUUGGAUAUCCUGCAAUGGUAUCUCGUCCUUUAGACUUUAGGACUAUUGAUCUCAGAUUGGCAGCUGGGGCUUAUGGUGGGUCACAUGAAGCAUUUGUUGACGAUGUUAGGGAGGUUUGGCGCAACAUACGCGCUGCAUAUGGUGAUCGAUCUGAUUUGAUUGAAGUGGCCGAAAAAUUAUCCAACAAGUUUGAAGAUCUUUAUGAGAAAGAGGUUCUGACUCUUGUCCAUAAAAUUGCUGAGACUUCCAACACAAAUGAUUCAAGUGCUGAUGCUAUAAAAGAGAGAGAUGAUUUGCUUGCUCAUGUGUGUAAUAGCUCACUUCCUAGAGCUCCUUGGGAUGAAGGAAUAUGUAAAGUUUGCGGCAUGGACAAAGAUGAUGACAAUGUGCUCUUGUGUGAUAAAUGUGAUUCCGAGUAUCAUAGAUAUUGCUUGAACCCUCCACUUCUACGAAUUCCAGAGGGAAACUGGUAUUGCCCUUCCUGUGUUGUUGGCCAGUCUGUUUCUUGUACUGCAGCCUAUGGAUCAGCUGCAACUCAAAGUAGGAAAAGAAGAUAUCAGGGGCAAUUCACACGCAAGUUUUUGGAAGAACUGGCUCGAUUAGCAAACCUGAUGGAGAUAAAAGAAUAUUGGGAAUUCACAAUUGAGGAGAGAAUAUUCUUCAUGAAGUUCUUGUUUGAUGAGGCGCUAAACUCUGCUACUAUUCGUGAGCACAUGGAUCAAUGUGCCUCUCGGGCUGCUGAUUUGCAGAUAAAACUACGCACCCUCACUUCUGAAUUGAAACUUCUGAAAGUUAAGGAAGACAUGCUAGGUUUGAGCACAGAGAAAGCAAACUCUGGUGUAUUUAACGGACGUGGAGAUUUGAAAUCAGAUGCAUCGUCUUCUCUGCUUGCUAUUGAAAAUAUCUCAAGAGGAAAACCAUCGGACAAGGGCAGUCAUCUUCCACCCUUCCCUGGUUUCACACAACUGGAAGAUGGCCCAUGUUUAAAUGAAGAAGUUGAUUGCAAUAAACAGCCUAAUUGGCCUCCUUCUAGGAGCAAUAAGGGCGUAAGCUCUUCUGAUAUGUUGAGUCAAUCACAAACUCAGCAGCUUGUGAGUGAUCAUAGUCAACAGGUCCAUGCACAAUCAUCAAGAGGAACUAGUUGGCAAAAUGAGUUGCCCAACCAAAGGCACACCAUUGCAGUGAGAGACUUACAGGUGAUGCCUGGCUGUAACUACUCCAGCUCUACAUGUGACCAUGUCACGGUGACUGCACCUAUGAGUUCGGUACAUGAAUCACGCGGCAAUCACUGUCCAGACCAAGCUGAUAUGCCUUCAUCACAAGACAACAGCCUCAAGGUGAGCACCUUUAAGAAUGAUAUAUCAAAUCUGCAGCAUUCAAUUGCUUCAAUAGAAUCAGAGUUGCUGAAGGUAUCUCUUCGGAAGGAUUUCUUGGGCCGAGAUUCUAAUGGCAGAGUUUAUUGGGCCUUCUACUGUCCUGGGGCUCGUCCAUGGGUAGUAGCUUGUGGGGAUCUGGCAUCCAAGGAGAGGUGUCCUGAAGAGUUCAUCAGUAUUCCUGAUUCUGACAAGUGGGUAUAUUAUGAAUCGGAUACUGAAAUUGAGAAACUAGUUGGAUGGCUGAGAGAAAAUAUCCUGAGGGAGAAAGAAUUAAGAGAGUCCAUUUUACUACUGCAAAGUAACAAAAUGAAAGACUCGGAGUAUACUGAAAAUCAUAUUUUAAGCAAAGGAGAAACAGGCCAUAAUGGAAAGAAAACUUUAUCAGCUGAUUUUUUGGCUAUAAAGGCUAUGACUGCAUUGGAAAAAAGAUUUGGUACUUGCUUGGAGACCGAGGCAACAGAUGUAUGUCAGAAUCUGGCUUCCAGAGCAAGUCAGGAUGGCAAAAUGUCUAGAUGUGAGUGCUUAGAGCUGUUGUGGCCUUCUAAAGUCCACUGUCCAUCGUGUCAUCAAAGUUUUCCAACCGUUGAGGAGCUAAGACAACACUCCAAGGAAAACUGCAUAGCAGCAGCAUCUGUCUCUAAGAGAAGCCAGGCAGCUGAAGAUAUCUCCAAGCGCAAGAAGUCAAGAAAUGUAGCUUCACAGGAGAAGCGCCCUGGUAAUAUCAGCAUUCUUCAAAUAUCCACGAGCGAGAAACAAAGCGAUGAAUCUAAUUUGGUUGACCGCUAUCAUGCUGAUUGUCCAUUUAAUUUUGAGGAGAUUGUGAGCAGGUUCAUCCUUCCCAGCUCAGUCAAGGAUGUGGUGAAUGACAUAGGACUUAUUGGUACUGGUGGAAUUCCAUCCUUUUUGCCAAGUGGGUCUCCGCAUCUCAGUGAUCCUGCCCUAACAUUGGGCUCCAGAAGAAUACAUGAAGCCAGUCCGAGUGACAUGCCGACAGACUUGAGAAGCAAAUGGCAGCACUCGGGUAAUGAAACCAGUGCUGCAGUUAGCAAGAAGGCUAAUAAAGAAUCAAAUAGAUCGUCAAGGUGUGAUGAAAAUGGCUUGGCUGAGGAGGCUUCUACAGUUGAGAGAUUGAAAUCUAUAUUAAUGAGUGAAAGGGAUCAAGUUUCUUCCAUGAAGGACAAGGGUUCACUUCUUGGGUUACCGAAAAGCAGUAUAAUUCCCGAAUCUUCAUCAAGACCAUUAGUAGGUAGAGCUUCUGAGAAUCUGAGGUUUCUUAAGAUAAGUCUGCUUGAUAUAGAUGCUGCUCUACCAGAAGAUGCUGUAAGAAAGUCGAGGUCAAAUCAAGACAGAAGACGGGCAUGGCGUGGAUUUGUCAAAUCUGCAAGAUCAAUUUAUGAGAUGGUUCAAGCUACAAUCAUACUCGAGGACACAAUUAAGAGCGAGUACUUGCGAAAUGAUUGGUGGUAUUGGUCAUCACCUUCUACUGCAGCUAAAAUCACCACUCUCUCGGCGCUUGCUCUGCGCAUAUACUCUCUAGAUGCAGCCAUUUCUUAUGAGAAACCUCUUCCCAGUGGUGCAAUGGAAAUUCCAGAGCCAAGUUGUGCAAUGGACGAGGACACCCCUCCUGGUACAACUUCAAAGAAUGUUGCAAACUCAAGCAGCCCACCAUUGCGAAAAACACCUGAGCUAGAUCCUGCCGAUAAUCCAAGAACCAGGAGUAGAACUAGCAAGCGGAGGAAGGAUAUGAACAGUUGAGAUUGGGAACUAGCUUUCAUAUUUCUGCUAGUGGUGGAUUGAGGAAUUUCUUGGCAAAAUGGGGCAGUAUGCCUAUUCGAUGUUGACUUGUAGUCCAAAAUUAUGAGCUAAGUUACUGCUUUGCCCCCUCGUGUAUUGUCAUUUGGAGCAAAUAUGUCCAUUGAUGGAGUUGUGGGCUGAAAUCACAGCUGCUGAUUUUCUUCCAGAAAACUGCAUAUACAGGCACAGGAAACAGGUAUGUAUACAUAAAGAAAUCCGCUUACAAGUUUGUAGUUUACAAUAGAGAUGUAUAUAAAUAUAUAUUGGCAAAAACUCGUAUAUUCCGUCCAGCAAUGAAAUUGCUUGUGUAAUUUUCAUAGCCAUGUUAGCCGAUGAUGUUGUCAAAGAUGAAGAGAAUGCUGCAACAUUAUACUUGAUGAUUUGAGGAAAUUGUCGAUUACAGUUUAUUUCACU